AUGCUUCCUUUGACCGAAAUUUGUAAUAAAUUACAAUUAUUCGAAGCAGAACGUUUAGAAUUAGUGUAUGACAAGACUAUUUCUAUCCGCCAAACAACUGUACAUGUUGUCGAUAAUCAUUCAAUUUAUACAACUACACCAUGGAAUUCAUUCAUGGUUAUGAUGGAUUUACCGGGAAAAUUGUGCGAAGCACUCUUAUUACAAAACUUUGAAAAUGAAAUGCGUGAUUUAAGGUCAAUAAGACAACAAAAAAUUAACAUGGAGAACGAAUUAAUGCAAACAAUUUCUCAAGAAAAUGCUGCAUUAUUUACAGAAAUAACGAUUUCUGAUGAUCCAAUGCAGCUAUUAAUCAAUGGACUGGAUAAGCAAGAUCCACAAUAUAAAGGAUACGUCUAUCAUUAUACGCAUUUAGAAAAUGCUGUUUCGAUUUUAAAUGAAGGUAAACUAAAAAGCAGAAAUAGUGCUGAGGGACAGUUUAAAAAUUCAGCUGCACUCAAUGUAAUCAAAUCAACCGAUCCAUCUGUGAAAAAUUACGCUCGAUUCUAUUUUCGUCCAAUAACACCUACACAAUUUUGCAAUGAAAAUCUGGGUAAAAACGGUUCGAUCGAACGAUUUGGCAAUGAUCUAAUGUGUCCAGUACCAAUAUUUUUCAAAAUUUCAUUAAAAGAUUUAGCAAACAUACCAGAUUUACAAUGGAAGAUAAGCACAGGAAAUAUGGCAAGUUAUCGCAGUAAAAGUGACAAUACACUAGACAUCGUUAAGCUGUUUGAUUUCAAUGGUGUUUAUGAAAGUCCAUCUGAUGAAUAUAGAUAUCAACAUAGUUCACAACAAGAAUAUUUAAUUGAAUCAGAAUUAAAUUUAUAUUUAGUUUAUAAUGAUCUAUCGAUUAUUUGUCAAAAUGAUCUAGCUAUGAAUAGUGUUAAACAGUUAUUAAAUGAUAAUAAUGCAUUCCUGGACAAAAUAUUUGUGGAUAGUUCAUUUUAUCACAACAAAAAUGCAAAAAUUAACAUUGACAAUGAUGAACAUCGUUUAACAGUUUCUCUAAAUGGAAGUAAAGAGCAGGGCGAAAUUAUUGUUAAAUUUUAUAACUCAGUAGAUGAUCAGUUUGAAAUUAAAGGUGAUAUUGGUUUAAUACUGAACAAUAACAGUAUUAUAUCGGUUUACGUUAAACAGCACAUUACUUUGAUGAUUAAUCUAAAAAAUAUUAAUUAUUCAGUAUUUUAUAUUUCCCAAGACGAAAAUUGGUUAGUAUACACCAAUAGCAGGAUGCCGUUAUUACACCUAGUCGAGAGGAAUGGGAAAUAA